CAAAGGUUUUUUAGGACCUACUUAGCCACUGCAUUGUAGUCGCAAUGAGUGUGGGUGGGAUUUAGUGUCAAGUGUCGUCCCUCUGAGCGAGUCGUGCUUAUCUUCAAUUUGCAAAGCGGGUGGCGAGACAGCCAGAGACCGGGGCAGCAAGCCACUGUGAGAGCGGAGAGAAAGACGCGGUCUUCAGUUGUAUAUAGACAGCCGCGGUGGGCAGACCUCGACGCCUCUUGAUCGCCCUCUACGCCCCGCCCUCUCUCGACUACUACCAUCUCUCGCGGCAAACAUGGCGGACACAGACGUCAAGUCGACGUCGUCCAAGCACGACCAGGACGUGGGCGAGAAGAACUACAACGACAAUGUUCCAGCCUACGAGGGCGAGCACGUCAUUUCGCCCGACGACGUUAACGAAACGGGCGAGGAGGAAGAGCUCCACCGCGCCCUAACCCCGGCCCAGAUCUCCAUGAUUGCCAUUGGAGGCAGCAUUGGAACUGGUCUGAUCAUUGGCACGGGCUCUGCCCUUUCGCAGGGAGGUCCCGCUGGUUUACUCAUUGGCUACACAGUCAUGGGAGCUGUCUGCUGGGUCGUUCUCACGGCCUUGGGGGAAAUGUCUGCGUACAUGCCGAGCAAGAAUGGCUUCCAAGGUCACGCCGCCCGUUUCUGUGACGAGGCUCUGGGCACCGCCGUUGGCUACAAUUACCUCUUCAAGUACCUCGUCAUCACGCCCAACCAGAUCAAUGCCUCUGCGCUCCUCAUCUCCUUUUGGCGUCCCGACCUGUCCGGAGGUAUCUUUAUCUCCGUCUUCAUCGUCUGCAUCGUUGCUUCCAACCUGUGCGGCGUCAAAUUUUUCGGCCACGUAGAAUUUUGGAUGUCGUUUGCCAAGAUCGUCGUAUUGACGGCCAUCAUCCUGGGUGGCUUCAUCAUUUCACUCGGUGGCAACCCAACAGGGGACCGCAUCGGAUUCCGUUACUGGAACGAGCCGGGCGCUUUCGUCGAGUACAAGGCCGAUGGAGCCAAGGGACGCUUCCUCGGCACCUGGAGUGUCAUGUCGCUAGCCCUUUUCGCCUACAUUGGCAGUGAGCUGGUGGGCGUGUGCGUGGGCGAGAGCAAGAACCCUCGCAAGUCGAUUCCCAAGGCCAUUAGCAAGGUCGUUUGGCGUAUCCUCUGGUUCUACAUCUGUGGUGUUAUUGUCAUCGGCAUGCUUGUUGCCAGCAAUGACCCACGACUCAAGGCAAAGGGAGCCGCCAAGAGCACCGCUUCGGCCUCGCCCUUCGUCGUCGCCAUCAUCAGCGCAAAGAUCAAGACGCUUCCCUCAGUCAUCAACGGUGCUCUGCUCAUCUUUACGCUUUCGGCCUCCAACAGUGACCUGUACAUUGCUUCAAGGACUCUGUAUGGUCUGGCUGUUGACGGCAAGGCGCCUCGCAUCUUCCUUCGAUGCAACCGCAUGGGCGUCCCAUAUGUGGCUCUUGGCUUUUCCAGCCUCUUCACCGCCCUCGCCUUCCUCAAUCUCUCGAGUGGCGGCGGACAGACAUUCACCUACCUGACAUCAACCGUGAGCAUCUUUGGCGGCAUUGCCUGGGCAGGCAUUCUCUUUGCCCAUAUCCGCUUCAUGGCCGGUUGCCGUGCCCAGGGCGUCUCUCGCGAGUCGCUGCCGUACAAGGCUCCGCUUCAGCCCUAUGCAUCGUACAUUGCUCUGGCGAUCACGAUGAUCGUCCUCAUCUUCAAGGGCUUCACGGCUUUCCUGCCCACGUUUGACUACAAGAGCUUCAUCACCAACUACAUUGGCUUCCCCGUCUUCUUCGUCAUCUGGCUUGGCUGGAAGGUCGCAUACCGCACCAAGUUUUACUCGGCCUCGGAAAUGGACGUCAUCAAUGGUGCCCGCCGCUUCGACGGCCUCGACGAUGGCAAGGACGAGUCAGAGGAGAUGAGAGUGGCGCCCUGGUGGAAGAAGCCGCUGGUCUAUGCAAAGAACUUCUGAUCAACCUCAAUUCAACUCCGUUUCGUCAUUUAUCCACUUGCAAGAAUGCAUGCUCCGUGAACAUCAAGAAUUUGUCAUUUGACUCAAAAUGCUGUGUACCAACCACACAUGUUGUUCAGAAGAAAGCGGUUGUAAAGGCAAAGCGAUGACCGUGUGAUUAU